AUGAGCUCAGCCCAGCGGGGGCGCUCAACAUCCGCACCCAUCUCCUCACGCCAAGCGUCUGCCUCCACUCCGACCUCCGCCGCCACCACUACCACCGCUCCGACCGCCACCGCCACCACCGCCACCACCGCCACCGCCGCCACCGCCGCCGCCGCCACUACUGCCACUGCUUCCUCCGCCGCCCCCGCCUCCACCGCCGACCCCACUCCCACCAGCGCUCCCGCCACCGCUCCCUCCAGCACCGCCUCCCCCCCCACCUCCCCCACCUCCUCCCCCAGCGCCACCACCACCACCCUUGCCCCCCUUGCCCUUGCCGAACUCGGUGGGAAGGGCGGCACGCAGGCGAGCAUCACUAGUGCGAAGGUGGGUGAUAAGAUCGGCGACUGUAGCAAAGGUGGACAGAUCGGGGAACAGGUACGGCAGCAUGAGGCGGCUAAGCUCGGCUGUGGCAGGCGAGGAGUAGCGAGCAACGACAGCAUCGUACAGGGCCUUAGCGGAUUUGCAGUCGCCAAAAUGCUCGAGCUCAGCUAG